UUUUGACAAAAAAGCAUAUAAACUCUAAAUAUUGUAAAAUGCCAUAAUAUAAAUUUUCUAAAUUAUAGAAUAUUUAUAUUUACUUUAAUCAUAAAAAGCCUAACUCAUAUUUAUUAUAAGAAUUUGACUUCCAGAUUUAAGUAUACUUUGUUUUUUUUUCCACAGUUUAUGUUAAAAACCCAGUAUCUCGCUUUAACAUUUGUCACCUCACCUUGAUUUAAUAGCUAGACAAUAUAUUCUAUAUUUUUUGCACCUAAUCCUAUCCAUAUAUGGGCUAAAUGAAAAUGCAUAUAAAUCCAAAAUAUAACAGAUUAUGAUAAUUGUUUUUGCUGAAAAUAAUAUAAAAACAUUUCAUUAAUACCCUUUACAGUAACGUCCCCUCAAAAGAGAAAAUCUGUAACGAGAUUUCUUUCAUAAAUGGUUUUGUUUGUUUUGUUUUAGGCUUUACAUACUUAUUCCAUUUAUUAUUAAUAAAAUCUUAAGGCCAUAGAAUAAACUUAUAUAUCUUUGAAAAUAUUAAAUCAAAUAUGGCUAUUAUAGUUUUCUUUAUAUAAAUAGCCUUAAGUGGUUAAUAUAUUGUGUAGAUUGUUUUCAUUUGGGUGAGAAAAAAAAUGGAUUCUAAUCAUGAUAGCAGUUCAAGCAAUGGACUUGAAACUUCGAUGAGCACAACCAAUCGGGAUAAUAAGAUUUACCAUCGCCACUCUGUUCAUCAAAUUCAAAGGCUUGAAGCGUAUUUUAAGGAAUGCCCUCAUCCAGAUGAUACGCAGCGACAUAAAUUGGGCGAAGAACUGAAACUUAAACCGAAACAAAUCAAGUUUUGGUUCCAAAACAAAAGAACACAAGCCAAAGCUCAAAGCGAAAAAGUAUUCAACGCAUCACUUAGAGCAGAGAACAUAAGAAUAAGACGUGAAAACGAAGUGAUACAAGAGGCACUAAAAACUGUGACUUGCCCUCCAUGCGGUGGUCCUCGUCCUGGGAAAGAAGAACGCAAACUAUAUCUCCAAAAAAUGCGUGCACAUAACGCAUAUCUCAAAAGACAGCUUGAACAAAUCUCAGACUUCGUAAACAAUAACGGAGGCCACUCAAUACCUAGCGUCAAUUCCCUAGCAUCAACUUCCAGUAACCCUCAUUUCUCCUACGGGACCUCUUCAAACCGUCCCCUCGAGCCACCAAGCUUGGAAAGAGAACAAUAUACUCAUGAACACAUCAACAACGCCCAACCGACUCAGCAUUUCCAGCCGCUAUCUCAAAUGGAGAAAAUGAUGAUGUCUCAAACGAUGGUAAAUGCCGUGACAGAAAUUAUAAGACUGAUUCAUAUCGAAGAACCGAUGUGGAUCAAGUCGUCUAUUGAUGAUAGACUUGUCAUUGAUCAAGAGAACUAUGAGAAGUCUUUUACAAAUAUUAGCCAUUUGAAGAGCCCAAGUGCUCGUAUUGAGUCUUCUAAAGAUGUGGUGGUGGUUCCUAUGGAUGCAAGAAACUUGGUGGACAUGUUCUUUGAUACGGAGAAAUGGGCGAGGAUUUUCUCAACAAUUGUGAACGAAGCUAAAACGAUUCACGUGCUGGAGUCCAUGGACACACAAAGACAGAACUUCUCGCAACUGAUGUAUGAGCAACUGCACAUAUUGUCGCCAUUGGUGCCACCGAGAGAGUUUAUAAUCUUAAGAUGUUGCCAACAAAUUGAAGACGAUCUCUGGGUGAUUGCUGACGUCUCGUGUCAUCAUGUAAACAUUGACUUUGAGAGUCCGACUUGCUCCAAACGUCCGUCCGGUUGUCUCAUCCAAGCCUUGCCCAAUGGUCUCUCUAAGGUUACGUGGAUGGAGCACGUGGAAGUAAAUGAAAAAGUGCGGACACAUCGGAUUUACAGAGACCUCUUAUGCGGCGGGUUUGGCUACGGAGCUCGCCGUUGGACCGUUACUCUUGAAAGAAUGUGUGAGAGGCUCCAUCUAUCCUCCAUCUCCGUCUUCCCCACCACCGACUUCGCCGGAGUUGUGGAAACUAUAGAGGGAAGAAGGAGCGUCAUGAAUUUAGGAGAAAGAAUGUUGAAGAACUUUGCGUGGAUACUAAAAAUGUCUGGAAACUACGAUUUUUCUCAACUGUCUGAAACCAACAGCAGUGGAGUUAGGGUUUCGGUGCGGGUAAACUCAGAGGCUGGUCAACCGACGGGUCUCAUUGUCUGCGCCGCUUCAUCUAUAUGUCUCCCUCUCUCUCCUCUCGAAGUCUACAAUUUCCUUACAAAUCUCGAGAUUCGCCACCAGUGGGACGUUCUCUGCCAUGGGUAUCCGGCUGCUGAGGUCGCUGGCUUUGCAACUGGAACAGAUGAUAAGAAUCGUGUGAACAUCCUCCAGACUGCGAGUACAGCAGAGGAUGCUGAUAUGAUGAUAAUACAAGACAGCUUCAGAGAUGCACUAGGAGGUAUGGUGGUGUAUGCUCCAGUGGACCUGAACACUGCAUCGGCUGCCGUUUCUGGCCAAGUCAAUCCUUCAGGCAUUCCAAUCCUCCCUUCCGGUUUCAUCAUCUCCCGCGACGGCCAUCAUUUCACUUCCCCUGAGCUCGAAGAUGGCAGCGACUAUAGUAAGUCGCUCCUGACGGUGGCUUUCCAGAUACUUGUCUCUGGUCCGACUCUUUCUGGAGAUCUCCAAAUUGAAGAAUCUACCACCACAGUCAAUACUUUGAUUACCUCCACCCUUCAAAGGAUCAAAGUCAUGCUUAAUUGCAACGAGGGUAAGUGAGAGUUUAAUCCACCCGUUUCACAAUUCACAAAACUAUUCCGUUUUUAUUACUAUUAUCAAAAAAUAAUGUUGUGAGUGAGAAGACUAUUCUCAAAAGAAUCAUACUCGGACCUUUAAUGUUUUUGGUUGGUUAAAAAACUUAUUAUCUAUAAAUGAGUCCCUUAGA